AUGCCCGUUAUUAUCAACAGCCAGUUGACCCAGGGGCAGGAAGAUAGAUUGCUGGAAGUAUUGAAAAGAAAUCAGAAGGCGAUCGGAUGGAAACUGACGGAUUUGGUGGGCAUCAGCCUAGGCUUGUGUAUGCACCACAUCCGAUUGGAAGAAGGAGCCAAGCCACAUCGCGACCAACAACGAAAACUCAACCCUAACAUGAGGGAAGAGGUGCUGAAGGAAAUUGUUAAGUUGGUCUCGAUUGGAAGUAUCUAUUCCAUCCCGGACAGUAACUGUGUCAGUCCAGUGCACAUGGUGCCGAAGAAAGGAGGAAUCCAAGUCGUGAAAAAUGAAAAGAACGAAUUGAUCACGACAAGGCCAGUUACUGGGUGGAGAAUGUGCAUAGAUUACAAAAAUCUGAACCAAGCCACGAAGAAGGAUCACUUCCCUCUGUCGUUCAUUGAUCAAAUGUUGGAGAAGUUGGCAGGGAAGCAGUACUUCAGCUUCCUGGAUGGUUAUAGUGGCUGUUUCCAGAUCGCUGUGAAUCCAGACGACCAGGAGAAAACAACAUUCACCUUCCCCUUUGGCACAUAUUCUUACAGAAGGAUGCCCUUUGGCCUCUUGUCGAGCAGGAGAAUCGAGGUCGACCCAGCAAAGGUAGCGGUCAUUGCAAAACUCACAUAUCCUACCAACCAGAAGGACAUCAGAGCCUUUUUGGGGAACGCUGGGUUCUACAGAAGAUUCAUCAAAGAUUUCGCAAAGAUAGCCCAGCCUCUGACGAAACUUCUCCAGAAUGAUGUAGAGUUUGAAUUCUCAGAUACCUGCAAGGCCGCAUUCCAAUUUCUGAAGAACCGAUUGAUAAGCUCUCCGAGAAUACGUGCCCCUAACUGGAUUCACCCCUUUGAGGUGAUGUGUGAUGCUAGUGACUAUGUUGUGGGGCAGUGUUAG